AUGUGUACAGAUGCGUACGCAAUGCGGGAUAAUAUAUAUACAUAUGUAAGAUGUACAAACAAAAUGUUCGUUGCAAUAUAGAGAUAACGAGUCUCUAGAUAAGUUCCAUUCUUUCGAUAGAUCAUACGAUUCAAUUCGAUUAUUUCAGUUACUAUCCUAUCGAAAGGGAGGGUUUGCACUGACUCUGUUUAUAUUUUUAGGCGUACGUUCGCUGGUGCACAAGGUGCACAGAAUGGAGAAGGAGGAGGAAUGUCCCCACAAGAAUGAAAGAGACGAAAUGAUGCAGGCCGCGGCAUCGAACACCUCAUCGAGCAACGUUUGCGACGGCCGAGCACGUGCUUCCUGUCAAGAGGAGUUUACGUGUUCCCUGUAUAUCUCGCGUGCCGUCGGACCACAAGGCCAAGUGCAAGGAAUACAAGGUGGCGAGCUGCUACGUUCCAACUUAGAGGAAGUGAUCCGCGCGUCCGAUCCCUUGGCAGCCUGGCACGUGUCUGAAACACCAUGCGGCCUGAUCGCCGCGUUCACGCGCGAAGCUGACGCAGAGAAAUUGCUACAACGUGGCGACUUGGCGCGUGUUUUCGAAGGACCUGUACAAGUGGCACGAUUCUCAGCAAAGGAUUCUCGUUAUAGACAGGCAGUUCUUCUUCGUGACGUGCCCUGGGCAAUUCCUUUACAGGAUAUCAACUCCGCACUGACGAAACAGGGAAUCGCGACAGGAAGCGUUGAACGUUGGCGACAAUACAUACGAGUCGAGGUGCUAGACGCCGGACAUUACGAGCUUUUGCUGCGUCAAGGACUGGAUUUCUUUGGCGCAGCUCGGUUCAGCGCCAUCCCGGAACGUUGGUGGCGCGGAGGAAACGGAAAUGCCAGUGGACCGCUGCAGGCAGGGCCGGGUAUAGUCAACAACUUUCUUGAGACAUCCAACUUUCAAACGGGGGACGGUGUGCUUCAGUGUUAUCGGUGCCAGGGUUUCUGGCACAUGGCUGCCAACUGCAGGCAUCUGCCACGUUGCGUUCGAUGCGGAGAGCCUCACAGCGUUGAGUUUUGCCCCAGGCCACGGAACAAUCCUAUCUGUUGUCAUUGUUCGGGUCCCCAUCAUGCUGGCUACCGACAAUGUCCGGUUCGGCAGCAACUUUCGAACGCUACGCCUAUUAGUAUCACGCUGAGCACUACCCGGAUUGGAAACCAGUACCCGGUGAACGCGGCUUCCAAGACAAACGCUUCUGCACACGAGCAGCAGCCAUUGAAGUCGAGCCAAUCUUAA